AUGGCUCCUGCCAGCGCCGAGAGUGCAUCGCCAAUUGGCAUUGCCAAUCUGCCCAACCAGCGUCACAAGAUUGUCGCCAAGCGUGGUGCCGGCUUCACCAUUAUGGUUGCUGGAGAAUCAGGCCUCGGAAAGACGACGUUCAUUAACACGCUGUUCUCGACCACCAUCAAGAACUAUGCCGACCACAAGCGUCGUCACCAGAAGCAGGUCGACAAGACCGUCGAGAUCGAAAUCACCAAGGCCGAGCUCGAGGAGAAGUUCUUCAAGGUCCGCCUGACGGUCAUCGACACUCCCGGAUUCGGAGACUACGUUAACAACCGUGACUCCUGGAUGCCUAUUAUCGAGUUCCUCGACGACCAGCACGAGUCCUACAUGCUUCAGGAGCAGCAGCCCCGCCGUCAGGACAAGAUCGAUCUCCGUGUCCACGCCUGCCUGUACUUCAUCCGCCCUACCGGCCACACCCUCAAGCCCCUUGAUAUCGAGGUCAUGAAGAGACUCUGCUCUCGCGUCAACCUGAUCCCUGUCAUUGCCAAGGCCGAUACUCUCAGCCCGGCCGACUUGGCCAAGUUCAAGCAGCGCAUUGCCGCCGUCAUCGAGGCGCAGAAUAUUAAGAUUUAUCAGCCCCCGAUUGAGGAGGACGACGAUGCUGCUGCUCAGCACGCGCGUAGCCUUAUGGCGGCUAUGCCGUUUGCUGUGAUUGGUUCCGAGAAGGACGUCAAGACUAACGACGGACGCAUCGUCAAGGGUCGCCAGUACUCUUGGGGUGUUGCCGAAGUCGAGAACGAGGACCACUGCGACUUUAAGAAGCUUCGGUCCAUUCUGAUCCGCACCCACAUGCUUGAUCUCAUCCAUACCACCGAGGAGCUUCACUACGAGGCUUACCGCGCUCAGCAGAUGGAGACGCGCAAGUUCGGCGAGGCCCGCCCCCGCAAGCUCGACAACCCCAAGUUUAAGGAGGAGGAAGAGGCUCUUCGCAAGCGUUUCACCGAGCAGGUCAAGAUCGAAGAACAGCGCUUCCGCCAAUGGGAGCAGAAGCUCAUUUCCGAGCGCGACCGUCUCAACAAGGAUCUCGAGCAGACUCAUGCUCAGAUCAAGUCGCUGGAGCAGGAGCUUGAGUCUAUGCAGGGCAGUGCUGUCCGCAGCCACGGCCGCCGCUAA